AUGAUGCCGUGGGAUGCAACCGAGGCGCAACGGCUGGGCCUAGAGCUUAAGGUUCAGCGGACAACUUCCAGUUCAGUGUCCUUCAAACUGGAGCAAGAAGCGGGCUGGAAACAGUCAGUGAGAAGAAACGAUUGUACUGGCAGCCAGCAACAAGGAAACCGGACCACAAGGGGAAACAAG